AUGCGUCUUGUUCCUUAUCUCUUCACUGUCGGCCUACCCCUGGCCCUUGCGGGCCGAUUUCAGCUUUACGAUGUCGAUGGAAAAUGCCGUAUCUAUUCAGUUGACAACUGGGAUUGUACGGGCACCUCGGAUCCAAUUGGGAAUCUCAAAGGCAAAACAUGCGACUUGAAAUCAGGAGUGGCAGACGAGCCGCGCUUCAUGAACGUCUCGAUCUGUGGCCACGAUGCCAGGAACAGACGCUCGGUCGCGACCGUUCAACUCGAUGAUACUGGCCUGAUAUGGUUCCAAAACCUGCAAGGCCAGGCGUCCAGUUGCACAAUCGACGCGUCUCUCCAAGUCGGGAGUGAGUGCACAGUUGGCCGAAACACCACCGAGAGAGUGACGGCCACUUCGUCCCACACUCGAACCCUGGCCGUUGCGCGUCCUACGGAAAUUCCAUCCCCGACUCAAGGCGACACGACCGGACUAGCGACCGACUGCUAA